ACAGUCCUGGUCAUCUGACUUCUAAAAAAAUCUUUCUGCUCCUUCUGAGUGUUUUCUCUCAGCCUGAGGUUUUGUGGAUGUUUACUUUCUCUGUUAUUUGACUGAGUUUUUGAUACACAGAAGUUACAAAAUGGUGUAACAUUGUUUUUAACGUCAGAGCUUCUUGCCUUUGCAAGGAAGACUUUCCCACUCCCCAAAGACAUACUCUCCUGAUCCCCCCACCCAGUGUUGGGGAUGGAACCAGAGCCUCUUACAUGCCAGGCAAAGGCUCACCCAUUGAACUAUAUCCCCAGCACUCUUCUGAUUUUUAAAAGCAUAUCUUACCUUUUUUUUUGUAUUUAAAUUUCUAUCUCGUGUGGAACUGGUUAUUCAUAAGUUUCUGCUAAAUCUCAUUUAUUGCAUGUGACGCACAUCUCCCGUCACAGACACAGAUCAGAGGUGGCACGGUGCCUAGAACCAGUGAGAUAGUGCCAGGAGUUGGCAGAAAUCUGCGCAUUGACUGGGUUGCAGAUCACUGAAAAGAGCAGAUACAGUCCCAGCUGGAGGUAUGCUUAUGGCAGCUGUUCUGGCCUGUGCACGGGGCCUGUGUUUGAGCAGGGGACUUGGGGAAGAAGGCAAAGGUGCACUCCAACCAACCAUGAACUCUGCCCUUGAGGGAAGGACGUCAUCUGCAUUGCUGUGAAAUAUCAACACUGUUAUCCAGCACUCUGAUCCUUCAGAGGAAGGGCUGGUCACCAUGGCCACCACGUGGGGAGCAUGGUCAAACACUAUCUCUUGUUCAAAACCUUAGCCAGAACCAAACCCAGGGUGGAAGAUGUCUAUGGAUGUGACUUUCCUUGGGACAGGAGCCGCGUACCCAUCCCCAACCCGGGGUGCCUCAGCUGUGGUUCUCCGGUGUGAGGGCGAGUGCUGGCUCUUUGACUGUGGGGAGGGAACACAGACUCAGCUUAUGAAAAGCCAGCUUAAAGCAGGGAGAAUUACCAAGAUCUUCAUCACACAUCUUCAUGGAGACCACUUCUUCGGCCUCCCGGGCCUCCUUUGUACAAUCAGCCUACAGAGUGGCUCUGUGGUCACAAGGCAGCCUAUUGAAAUCUAUGGCCCUGUAGGACUUCGGGAUUUCAUCUGGAGAACCAUGGAGCUCUCUCACACAGAGUUGGUUUUCCCUUAUGUGGUCCAUGAGAUAGUGCCUACAGCUGAUCAGUGUCCUGUGGAGGAACUAAGAGAAUUUACCCAUGUGAAUGAAGCAGACAGCUCUCCCAGAGGACAGGGGCGAACUAUCUUGUUAGACACAGAAGAGGACUCCUACUGUCUGGUUGAUGAUGAGCAGUUUGUUGUAAAGGCGUUUCGCCUCUUUCACAGAAUUCCGUCCUUUGGCUUUUCAGUUAUGGAAAAGAAACGUGCAGGUAAACUCAAUGCACAGAAGCUGAAAGACCUCGGUGUACCCCCAGGUCCUGCCUACGGGAAACUGAAAAAUGGAAUUUCUGUUGUUUUGGAUAAUGGAGUUACAAUUUCUCCCCAAGACGUCUUAAAAAAGCCUAUGGUUGGAAGAAAAAUCUGCAUACUGGGUGACUGUUCUGGGGUUGUGGGUGAUGGAGGAGUGAAGCUGUGCUUUGAAGCAGACCUGUUGAUCCAUGAAGCAACUCUGGAUGAUUCUCAGAUGGACAAAGCGAAGGAGCAUGGCCACAGCACGCCACAGAUGGCAGCGACAUUUGCGAAGCUGUGCCGUGCGAAGAGGCUGGUCCUGACUCACUUCAGUCAGAGAUACAAACCAAUAGCCUUGACUAGGGAAGGGGAGACAGACGGCAUUGUGGGACUGAGAAAGCAAGCUGAGUCGGUGCUAGGGCUCCAGGAGGUGACUCUAGCAGAAGAUUUCAUGGUGAUUGGCAUUCCAAUCAAGAAAGGAAGCCAGUGCUCCUGAAUGUAUAAGCGUGGACACGAUUGUGCCUGUGUUGCCAGACCUGUGCUAAGACUUUUGUUGUUGUUGGUGGUGGUGAGCAAUUUUUUUUCUUUAGGUUUUGGAUUUUUUUUUUUCUUAAAAGUAUUUUGGCACUAAUAAUCCUAAAGAUGGAGCUGGGUUGCUGAGCUGACUCAGUAGUGAGAGGGAACAAGAUUUUUAACAAAUCAUUUUUAAAUGAUAAAAAUACCCAGCAUCCUUCUUAAAGUGCAGAUGUGACAAAAUAAUCAAAUUUUCAGGGGUACUCCUUGUGUCUCUGCCACAGAUAGAAGCCAACACUCCACCCAGUGUUGGACUUAGCUUUGCCCAGCUUAACUGCCAUUAUUGGCAAAGUAUCUAGGAUUGGGUCCUCUUGGCUAAAACUGGCAUUUUGGCGUUUGUAUAGAAUCUGUGUUCCUGACAUGUAUGAAGGCAGUCUGUAUGCAGUGUCGAUGACAACGUGUUGGGGGUGUCACUGGACUAGUCAAUGCACAUUUGCACUGGGCUUUAUCUUAGCAUUUUAUUCAACAUUUGGGAUUCUUUCAACACAUGGUCCUGGGCAGUCUACUAGGAAUUAGAUAUUAUGGAUUUGUUUUUCUUGUUGCAGUGAUUGAGGGGAGACAGUGGCUCCGCGUAGUUUAGUCAGUGGGAGUCACGAAUGCCAUAUGUUCUGCACAGUCUGGGUUAGUCCUGCCUAACAGUUACCUCGAAAUUCUAGGCCUGUUCAGAGACACAAACCUUUUAUUCCCAAUGUGAAUAUAUGCUUUGCCAAAGUUAGUGAUGUAAUAAAUUGAAUUAAUAGGUAAGCUAAAUCUUCUAGUAGAUGGUAAAGGACAGGCAUGUUAGAAUGAAAUGCCACAUCAGGUGUUAUUUGGAAAAAAUGAGUCAUCAAGUGAAGUUUAUAACUGUGGGAAGAAAUAUUCACAAUUCUACCACCCAGGGUGAGUCUCUGCUUCAGGUGUAGGGCCCUGGAGCUGUGCUGUGAGCUGAGUGUGGAGGUGGACAGAGAGCUUCAGGCUCUGCUUCCAUAGACGAAGUCAGGAGGCAGCGUGGACCCUGACACUGCAUUGCGAAGCCACCUGCGUGAUUCUGAAAGACAUGAGUGCUGGACUAGCCUCGGAGGAGAAAGUCUUUUUUCCCAUGUACUUAAAUUGAUGGUAUAUAUAGAGAUAUUUUAUAGAUUCUUAUACAUAUGUUUGUGUAUGUGUAUAGUUUAUUCAUGCAUAUUUUUACAUGAAGGCUGGCCUCCCUCCACUAUUUUCUUAAAAUAAAGAUAUUUUAUUGGAUAAACAAAAACUAGAAGUUUAUUAUCAAAAAAUCCUCGGUAAGAAACUGAGGUAUUAUUUUUGGCACAAUAAAAAUAAUGAAAACCAUAAAGGGGCAAGUAGAUGAGUGAUGUAGAGAAACACUGAUUAUAGGGCUUCAAAAUAAAAUGCUCACUAACAGACAAGUCCUUAACUACUGUUUCCAUUAGCACUUUCCACAGCACUAAAUGGUCUCUGAGAGUAUGAAUUUAGUGAUUUUAUUUCAGUUUAGAGUUGGAUCUUGGAGCACUGAGGCUGUUUUGGUUAGUAGAGCACAGUUGACUGGGGCUCUUCUCUUCAAAUCUCUGUGUCCCCAAGUCCGUCCUUCUUUUCAGUUCUCUCUCUGGGUGUUAGUGACGUCUUUGUCGGGCAUGGCGGCACAAACCUGUUUCCUUUCCAUUUGUGAUAUCCAGGAGAGUCUGGGUACAUAGUAAGACUUCAUCUCAGAAUUAAAAAAAGACAGAAAGAAAUAAAUCUGACUUGUAAGAUACAUUUUCAUGUUUAUUCACAUCCUAACCACCACACAGGAGUGGCCUGUUUUCUUACUCUAUGAAGAUAGGACUUCAUCAAUUUAAAAACCUCUCUCAAGUCCCUCCCUCUCUCCAUCUUCUCUCUCCCCUUUAAACAAGUCUCCCUGUGUAGCCCAACCUGGCCUCAAGCUUACAGAACUCCUGCUUAAGAGCUGGGAUUAUAAGCAUGCACUUAGAAUCUAACCAUAAUGUUUUGAAUAUUUCUUUCCCAAGAAAGUUUUAUAAAUUUUAGGGUGAGAGUGUAGCUUGGUGGUUAGAGUGUCUGAGGCACUGGGUUUGAUCUGUAGUAUAAAAAGGAAAGAUGAUUUUUGCCUCCUCAUGCAAAUAUCUUUAUUAUGCCUUUAAGUUAAUACUUAUAAUUCAACUUUGAUUUCUUUGAAUAUUGUGAUACCACCUUGAAACUUUGCUACUUUUUCCUUUAUUAAUGAAAUAAAAAUCCCUUUUUCCAGUGUGUCCAUCACAAAUAGACAGUGGUGACACUUUUAUCUUACAGAGGUGUAUGUUUAUGGUGAUAUGUACUAGACCUGUCCUUAGCAGAUUUGAGGGCUAAUGAACUAAGGAAGGCAAUCAAUGGGAAUAUUUCUCUUUCCUCUUUUCCUUUGAGAUGGGGUCUCAUGUAGCCCAGACUA